GGCGCGACUGGAUCUGGAACCGAGACACAUAUUGCGCCUACGUAGUAGGCUUUACCGCUGGCUUGAAAAUGAGGAGAAAGUCACAAAAAAAUCCAUCACAAGAUGAGGCGAAGUAAACGUUUAGCGGCGAAAAAAGACGCAGCAUUUUCCGAAACAGAGGGAAGUAGUCAAGAAGAACCUGCAGAUAUCACGAGUCCUGAUACAGGAGACUUGGUUGCAAAACCUUACGAUGACAUUGCAACAGACGGGAGAGAAGAAAUUGAUGAUGAUGUCAGUAGUGAGAGAAUUUGGAUGAGUUCACAAGAAGAAGACGAGCCUGGAAGAGCAGAGGAAUUUCUCAGUCUUCCAACUGAAUUCAAAACCAAAUUAAAGGAUCCUUCCGUGCUCUCAUCUGAGUUGCAAGUGGACAUUGAUACAGAUGAUUUGUAUCUCAAGUUUGACAAAACCAGCUUCAAACCUGUCACAACUAGUAGGAGCUUUGAUGAUGUUGUUUGCAAUAACAAAGAGCUGAUGAAACGAAGUGUGAUUACAAGCGACUUUGAAAAGAGGCAUUCUGUUCCUCCAGUGCAUGUUUCAAAGUUCACUCACAAAAAACAAAAGAAGAAAACCAAAGAGGAGUCUGCAGGGCCGAUGUGGUUUAACCUUCCAGCAACUCAGUUAACGCCAGAAAUUGAACAGGACAUGAAAGUUAUAAAAAUGAGAAAUAUCUUGGACAGAAAACGACAUUACAAGAAGAAUGACUCAUCUGCUUUGCCUAAAUAUUUCCAGAUUGGUACUGUGGUGGAGGGAUCUGCAGACUUCUACACUUCUCGUAUUCCUAAGCGUCAACGGAAGAGUAACUUGAUUGAUGAGUUACUAUCAGAUGCUGAAUUUAGGAGGUACAACAAGAAAAAAUAUUUGGAAAUACAGGCUGCAAAGCAAAGUGGAAAGAAAGGAUUUCACAAAAAGAAAACAAACAAAAGAAAAUCAACUGCAAUGAGAACUUAGCCAUAGCUGUUUGUUAUGUCAGCAUUUUAAUAUUACCAAGAUGUAUUGCUAUGAGAUUAUUUUAUAGUUUAAUAAUUACACAGAGAUUAAAGAGAUCCUGUUUUAUUUAUUGAA